GCGUUUGAAGGAGCGAGCGCUGAGGGAGCCCUCAGUGAGCCCGCCCGGAGGAACCGCUGGGGAGAGAACCCGCAAAAAAUAACCCGCAAUAAGCAAUAAAUAACCCGCAAUAAGUAACAAGAACCCGCUGAAGAGAGAACCCGUAGUAAGGAACCCGUAAUAAGAACCCGCUGAGGAGAGAACCACAGAACCACCAAUGGCGCCCAACAAGAAAAAGGGCAACUCCGGCGCCCGCCGCCGCAAAAUGGAGGCGUUCCUCCAAGACUUCGACAGAGAAGUGGAGCGGCGGCUGAAGCGGAUCGAGGCGGACGGGGAGCGCAUGGUGCAAGAAGUGGAGCACAUGUACGACAUGGCCAUCCUGAGGCUGCCGGCCGCCAUCCGCGACAUGAACUGGCUGGACUUCUUCGCAAGAGGUGAAAACACACUGGAGGAUGUGGCUAAGGCAGACACGGAAAUAAUGAAAAUCCGCAGGCUGAGCACAGAUAGCGUCGAUCCCCUGUUGGAUAUUGCUGAGAAGGUGAGUAGAAUCAAAAGGAGUGUUGAAGGCGAUGAGGAAGCAGAGCCUCCAUCACUUCCACGGCAGAAGAGAUCUCGACUUGCCAGCCAGUGUCCUUCAGAGGCUGAGAGUGGGGAUGUAAGGACUGCCAAGGUGAAGGCAUCCACCAAAAAACCACGUGUGGCCAGAAGACCUCCCUCAGCGAGACUGAAGGGCAUGAACAAGAGAUCAAGCAAAAACAGUUUCAUCACUCCAGCUUCUGGCAGAAUGGUUGAUAUGUGUGCUCAGGGAGGCACCUCCAUGGUUACACCCAGAUUUGAUCCCAGGAUGUUCAAGACGCCGGGGCUGCGCACUCCCGCCAUCAACGAGCGCGUUUACACCUUCUCUGCCAAGGGCAGCCCCCUGGCUGAGCCUGAGGAUGUCAUCCUCACCCUGCCCCUCGGUGGGGGAGAGAGCAUACGUUUGACAGAAAAGGAUCUGACCAAGAAGAAUUUCCUUCAGCUGAACCCCAAGGCCCAAGGGCUCAUGCAGAAGCUGUCAGUUUGUCUCACACAGGCUUGCAACGAGGCAAAAUUGCCCCUGGAUGGAAGUCAGUGAGCAAGACAUCCCUCCGUAGUUCUUGUUUUUAUUUGUAUAUUUCUUUUAUUGAUAUGCAGAAUGGAAGCUAAAAACUAGUUAUUUUACUAUGGUGUGUAAUGGGAGAAAAAUGAAUGGAACUUUGGAGAGAAAUAAAAUUAAUUUAAAAUUUCCUUUAAGGUUGAAACCAUGACACUUCUCUUGGGCUUGCAGAUUAGCAAGUGGGCAGAAAGCCUGAUGGUUGUCAUGUUAAGGGCCAUGUUCAGAGUAAAGAACUCUGCUUCUCUCUAA